AUGUCGGCAUUAUCACUGAAUUGGAAGAAAUUAAGCUCCAAGAUAAAUAAAGAAAAUGGGAAAGUAACGAAACCCAAAAACAAGAAGACGACCAAUACAAAAGCAAAAACCAAGCCUGACCCCCCAAAAAAGCAGGCCAAAUAUCUUGUGUCAGUCUUUAAAGUCCCAUCAGAAACAGCUACAAUUAAGAAAACAGUCACACCUAUAGAAUAUGCUCUCUGGACAAAGGAAAACAAUAUCUCAAUUUCAGAUCUUCCGGAAUCAUUAAAAGCCAUAUCUUUAUCGCCUCAGGGAACAGACUCACGAAAGAAAGAACCAGGAAAAUAUAUCGCAAUAGACUGUGAAUUUGUCGGUGUGGGUCCAGAAGGAGAAGAAUCCGCAUUGGCUAGAAUCUCGAUCGUGAAUUAUUAUGGACAUGUCAUAUUUGAUGAGUUUGUGAAACCAAGGGAACGAGUCACUGAUUGGAGAACUUGGGUGAGUGGUGUAAGUCCUCGAAAUAUGAAGGAUGCCAUUAGUUUUGAAGAAGCACAAAAGAAAACUGCUGAUGUGUUGGAAGGUAAGAUUUUAGUUGGACAUGCGGUUCAUCAUGAUUUGGAAUCAUUGUUUUUAUCCCAUCCACACGCAAUGAUUAGGGAUACUACUCAAUAUCCUCCCUUUAGAGAGAUUGCGGGUGGUAGAAUUCCAAGCUUGAAGAAAUUGGCUGAACAUUUUUUAAAGAUUGAUAUUCAAGGGGCAGCUCAUUCUUCUGUGGAAGAUGCUAGAGCAACGAUGUUGUUGUUUAGAUUACAUAAGAAGGAUAUCGAAAAGCAUUUACGAAGUAAAUACGGUAGUAGAAGAUAG